AUGGGCUUCCAAGAUGCGAUUGGAGACUCCGAUGUCAUCGACGGUCUGAGUAUCAGGUUUCUCAAACUGAUAGGGUUAUGGAAUGCCAUCAACAGUUAUAGGACCACAGGGAAGAGAGCCUCAGUUCCCAAAAUCCAUUUAAUAGGGUACACUGAUGAACUCAGGAGUGUUUACAACCCAAUGGUAACAACAACUCUUGGACUUGGUAUCAUUGUUUUGAUAUUUGCUGCUGUAUUGAUCUCACUUGGGAGCGAUCCCAGUGUCUUAUUUCAAAUUGCCCAGGUGUUUUCGUUUGUAUUUAUUGAAGUGUCUUUGUUCUGCUUGGGAUCUUCACUAAUUGAGACAGCGAGCUCAGAGCUAGACUUCGCCAUUUACAGCAGCGAGUGGUAUAAGGCUGAUGUGGAGUUCAGGAAGGCGGCCCAGAUGUUGAUGGUACGAACAAGAAGAAAUGCUAACCUCACUGCUCUAGGGAUGUACUCAGUAAACUUGGAAACAUUGGAAGCAAUUUUGCAAUUCACCUACUCUGCCACUGCUUUGACUCUUGGCAAUAUUUAA